AUGAACCCUUCAGAUCACACUACCAAUAAACAAAAGAAAACUAAACCAAAUAUGUUUUAAAUCUUUUAAUAUUAAUAUCUAAGUAAUAUUAAAUUUUAUAUUCUUUCUAGAAACACAACCAUCACAAAUUAAUAAAGAAUCAUUUCUACCUAUCAAUUCAAAUUAUACUUCAACAAAACACAAAUUAAAUCAAAUUGUUUAAAAUACAUCUAUCAAUAAGAGUACCAGAACUUCACAUAAAGUUAAAUUAUCAAUGUCAAACUUUUAAGAUGAUGAAGAUAAAAUAGGUAGAAUAAGUGCUACAGUCAAAGAAGCAAGAUCAAUUUUAGAAGAAAAUUAAUAACCUUAAUAAAUAUAACGUGAUAAUUUACAACAAAUUGUUUAUAUAUAAUCCAAAAUAAGAACCUAUUUAGUUAAGAAAAGAUUAGCACCUUUAAAAAAAUCUCAUAAAUACAAAUAUAGAAAAUAAGUAUUAAAUGAGUUACUUGCUACUGAAGAAAUUUAUUGUACAGCACUCAAAACAAUGAUUAAUUCAUAUUUGAAACCUUUAUCUGAUUCAAAAGGUAUUCUUUCAUCAAGUGAAAUCAAAGGACUAUUUUCUAAUAUAUAAUCUAUCUAUAUGCUAUCAUAAGAAACACUUACUAUCUUUAAAGAUCUCUAAAAAGAUUAUCAUUAAGAAUAUUAAAAUGCCAUCAAAUAAUUAUUAUCACAUGCUAACUUUUUUAAAAUAUACUAAGAUUAUUUAAUUAAUUAUGCAAAUGCAAUUAAAUUGUAAACUAAUCUUAGACAUAAUAAUAAAUAAUAUAAAUCAUUUUUAGAUUAAGCAGAUAAGAAAAAUCUUGGUAAAACUUUAGAAAAUUAUUACUUAAUAUUACCAGUUUAAAGAAUUCCAAAAUAUGUUCUAUUAUUUAAAGAUUAUAUCAAAAAUCUAAAUUAAGAAAGUGUUGAUUAUCCAAAAUUUUAAAAAAUUCUUCAUGAAUUUGAAACUGUUGCUAAUUAAAAUAAUAAAGCAAUGGAUAAUUUAUUAUCAAAAUAAUAAAUUUUUGAAUUAUAAUAAUAAUAUGGAAAACAUGUAAAAAUUUUGGAAUUGAAUAGAUAAUUUUUAAAAGAAGAAUCACUUUAAAUGUAUUUUACAGUUGAAAGUGAAGUUAGACCUGUUAUUGUUUAUUUUUUCUCUGAUCUUAUUUUAAUUACAGAAAGAGAUUAAAUUAAAUAAGGUUAAGUAUUUAGAACAUAUAUUACUCUUAAUCAUCUUAGUUAAUGUAAUAAAAUGGCUGAAAUGUAUAAUUAUAAGUAUUUGUAUUAAAUCAAUGGAUCAGAUAAUCAUGUAACCUUUGUUGUUUAGAGUCAAGAUUGUGAAAAAGAUUUAAAAGAAUAAAUAGAUUUUAUAAAUUAAAUAAUACAAUAACUUUAAGAUAAAAAAGAUAGAAGAAAUAAAUUGAUUUAAGAAAUCUAACCAGUUAAUAUGCCUUAAGAUGAAUAGAAUAAUCAAUAAAAUUUUGUUGUCACUGUUUAAAUAUAAGGAACUUAGGAAUUACUUGAUAAUUCUAAUAAAAAAUUUACUAGAUAUGUCUUUGAAAUUGUAAUUAAUAAUAUCAUUACUUAAUAAAUUUAUUUAAGAUUUAGUUAAUUCAAAACAACCUUAGAAUUUGUCAAAUCCAAGUUCCCCAAUAUUAAAAUUCCAGAUAUCAAAGAAAAUACUUAUUUUGAUAGAAAUGAAGCUCUUGUAGUUGAUGUAACUAAUUUUAUUAUUAAGUUUAGAGAAGAAAACUUUUAAUGACUGAAUUUUUAUUAUAACUUCUAAAUUCUAAAGACUUUAAAACAGAUAAUUAAUAUUAAAAAUAAAUCCUUAAUUAACUUGGCCUUCAUGAAAACUUUUAUAGUCUAUUAAGAAAACUUAAAGAAGAAAAAGAAAGAGAAUCUAAUAAUCUAUCUAUAUUGAAUUUUAGAGCAAAUAAAAAACCUUAAACUACAUUCAUAGAGAAUAGCUAUAAAUAAUAAAGUUUCAGAAAGUUUGAUUAAUCCAAUGUUACAACUAUUUAAACUUAAGUUAGUACUCCAAGAGGUCCUGUUAAACCUAUGGGUGAUUUAAUUAGAUAGAUGUAAUAGACAGCCACAAAGACUGAAGAAUAGUAAUAACAAUCUGAAAUUUAAGAACAACCAUAAGAAUAAAAGUAAAAUGUUAAAGGAUUGAGAGCCUCAAGUAUGAUAAAUAGUCGUAAAGUAUCUGCUUCAUAAUUACUUGCUGCAGAUACAAGAUGUAAUUCAAGAUAAGGAUCAAUGAUUGUUUCUGGAGAGGGCAAUCAAUAAUUAGUAAAAAUAAAAGUUUAAAUAUUUCAAAAUUUCAAACCAAUUGAAUAGGAAUAUCAAAUUUGUAGGGAAACAGAUGCUGAAUAACUAAGAGAUGAAGUUGCAGCUGAUAUUUAACUUUAAUAUUCAUAUGAUUUUAAAUUGUAUCUUAUUGAUGAUUUGAUGAUAAAGCCAUUAGAUAAAGAUGAAAAAUUAUGGAAUUUAUUGAUCAAAACAGAUGAAACUAAAGGUUUAUUCAAGAAAGCAUAAAAUUAACCUUAAUACAAUUAGAAAUUAUUAUAAUUGAGAAAAUAUUUAUAUGUAAAUUGUGAAGAUGAAACAGAAUUUUGUAAGUGUGAUUUAGUCAGAUUGACAUUAGUUAGUUAUUAAUUAUUUGAUGAUAUUACCAAUUAAAGAUUGAUAUUAGAAUAGAAGAACCAUGUUAUUUGUGCAGCAUUAUAUCUAAUUUUAAAUAAAUUUAAAAAGAUAGAUAAAAACAAUAUUCCAUUUAAUGAAAUAAAAAAAGUAAGUAUUAAUAUUAUAUAUUCUCUUAGCUUAUUCCUCAUUAAAUAUUUAAAUAUAUUCAAUAAGAAACAUGGGUAAACUUCUUACCAACAAUAUUUGAUAAUUUCUAUACAUUAAUUACAAAUGAAUAUAUGGAAGAUUUAAAAAAAGAAAAUUAAAAUUAAAAAUAAAAUUAAGAAAAUGAAAAAAUUACAAUUCAAGAUGAAUAGAAUCAUUAAAUUACAGAAUCAGAUGUUUCAGAACAUUUGAUCACUCUUAAAUCUGAAGCUCAUUAUGCUAUGUUAAUCUUUUUGGAUAUUUUAAAAUCUACAAAAUUCUUUGGUGUUACUAAUUUUAAAGUUUAAAGUGAUAAGGAGACUUUAAUGUAUUUAUAUGAAUUAAGUAAACAUUAUUGGUAAGAAAAGAAAAAACAAAAUAAAUUUUCUUCGUCUUAUACUAUUGAUGAUUGUCGUACAUGGUCAUCAUUUUAUUUAUGUAUAAAUUAUAAAUGUAUUACAUUUCUCAAAUAACUUAAUUCCCAACUUGAAAUCCUAGAACUUGAUUAUGAAGAAAUAGAUUAAAUUAGUUCAUUAUAAAAGAAUUUGGGAAUUUAUAUUUUCAAUCCAUUACCUAAUAAUUUUGGUAUUUAAAUAAAUAAGAGAAUUUGUUUAAAUUUUGAAACUGAAAAGAGUUAUUAAAUCAAAUAGUUGAUUUAGACAUAUGAUUAAAUGCAAAUGGAAAACCGUUAAGCAUUAGAGCUUUAAUGUGAUGAAUAGUAAAAUUUUAAUGAGUUUUAAUGA